AUGGCAGAGGUGAAAAAUAAAAUAAAAAACUUGAGGUCGACUCAUGUACAAGUAGUUGUAAAAAUUAAAAAAUCAGAAAGUUCUGGAGCGGGAGCAGUUGAAAUAUAUAGACCCAAAAUGAAGUGGUUUUCCGUGUUGUAUACGUUUUUACAGAAAAUGGAUAAGAAAAGAGAAACAAUCAGUAAUUUUGUUACAAUAUGUGAAGAGUAUGGUAGCGUUAAUGGCUGUGAACAUAAUAUUCGUAAUACUGAGACUGAGGAUUUUGCCCAUGAAAGUGAUUUUAAUGGGGCUGAUUUUCCCUCAAACAGAUUUGUAAAAAACAUCAAAAAUAAAAUUGAUGAUACUGGGGAUGCGAUUCCACGGGUCACGGAAUCAAAAGUACUGGAUUUUAAUGACUUGUACAAGUUACUGGCACCGUGUAACCCCGCGUUUACUCAACUGUGCAACAUGAACGAAAACGAUAUGGAACAAUUAGCGUCCUUUAUGGGCCAUACAUUGGGAAUUCACAGAUCGUCUUACAGGCUGCCAGAUGAUAUAUAUCAAAUAGCAAAAAUAUCGAAGUUGUUAAUAUUAAUGAAGAAGGGGGAAGCUGGGCAAUUUAAGGGAAAAACUUUGGAUUAG